GACAUCAAUUAAGAGCUCAAGUGGUUUUGACUUGCAUCCAGUUUCAACCCAGGCACAGCGAACAUAGAACGGACCAGGAGGAACUGCUCCAAGGCCGAAAGACUUUACGUGGAUUCACCUUGUAGCACAUCAUCACCCUGAACUUGUGCUAGAUCACCAUGGCAGAGGCUGUAGGGCUGGUAGCGGUGACGUCGUCGCUUAUCACUCUAAGCCAGGGCGUUCAUACAUCGAUUUCAAAGCUUCGCGAGAUCAAGCAACCCCCGGGCGUGAUAGCUGAGCUCAUUGCCGAGAUUAACGGCCUGAAUGCCCUUUUGAAGGAGAUACGACAACUCGCACUAGCCGAAACUCUCGAUGCGUCAGUGAUCAGGGCAUCACUGACUCCAACUCUGAACGAAGCCAGUAUGCAGGCGACGCGACUUCUCGAGAACAUCACGUCUUUCACGAGAGAACCACAACUCAUCGCAAAGAGGAACUCUUCACGUAUUGCCUCCAGAUGGACACGGAAUCGCCACAAGGAUCAAGCCCGGCAACUACUACAGCAGACGAGGAGCCUCAGCUCUAGUCUUUCGCUACUGGCCACAGUGUCGCUCCAACUUCAAAUCGGGACCGAAAUGAAAAGAAAUUUGGAACUGCUGGCUUCAGUGGCGAGUAUCAGCCGAUCAGAGACAGCACAAUACUACUCCUCAAUGGAUACAGCGGAUAAGAUCCGGCUGGAGAUCGACGAAAUCACGCGUAAGACCGACCAGGACGGACGUGCACCUACGAAGCUUCGCAUUGGCAAUACCAAAAUUGAUGGCGAAACAAAGAUCUCUUAUACUGUACACAGACAGCCAAAAUGGGUUCCGUUGCUACUAGGCAAUCUGUCUCUUACUGUUGAUGAUUGGGUGACUCUUCGGGCUAUCGACUCCAAGAGCAGCUUAAUCUCAGAUCGAUGUUCCCAGUGGAGUGUUCGCUAUGUGCUCCCGCAAUGGCUUGCGGGUUAUGCCAUGGAAUUCAUGACUCGCCCCUCACUAACAAACACCGUAUCGUUCGCUUUCAGACUUUUCAAGGUGUCCCAGUCAGAUCGACCUAUUUGGAGAGCCAUACGGCACGGUAAUGUGGAAUGGUUGGCACAAGCACUGUCCCGUGGGGAGUGGGCACCCAGUGAUGUUCUUAUGACCAGAAGAAGGGAUUACAGCGUCGAUCCUCUUUCUUAUGCAGUAGAAUGUUCUCAGCCCCAGGUUGGGAAGCGGAUGAUGCAAUUUGGUGAACAAGGUUCAGGGCGAGAUUUCUGCGCACCUAACUGUGCGUCCCACAAAAUCUUGUUUCGAUCCGUGGCGACACUCGAAGAGCUCCAUUUCUUGGAGGACUUGGUGACUGAUCAGGAAUAUGAUGGAUUGUACUUGUUCCAGCCCCAGUCCAAUUUCGUUCUCUAUGAGGGUUCACCACCGUCCAUUGCAAAGGAGAGUUCUCGGCAGUGGGGAUACUCGCCUAUUCAUCUUGCAGUGGUAAACUCGAAUUUCGAAAUCCUUACACAAAUUGCGGAGGGGAAAGCCGACGUGGACUCCCGCGAUGAGUUUGGAAACACGCCUCUCCAUUUGGUGAUGAGCGCUUCAGAGUUUGAUGCAAGCAUGGCAGAAGCCUUGCUGGAUCUCGGCGCCGAUGUCGACAGCCAAGACUUGCUUGGAAGGACACCACUACACUCCGCUUUGGCUCGAGGCUGCCUUCAGAGCGCCCGGUUACUCUUGAAAAAUGGUGCAAAUCCAAAUAUGAGGGACGAGCUCUUUGGCGAGACACCAUUGAACUAUCUGGUUUCGAAAUUCCCGGCCUCGUCAUCCGAUCACGCUGCCUUGACCCUUCUAUGUUCAUUUGGAGCUGAUCUUGACUUACCUGACUACGCAGGUGCCACACCUGUGAUGAAUGCGAUAAAGAACCCAGGGGGGACAACCUUCUUCAAAAGUCUUGUGGAAUAUGGAGCACGUCUUGACAAAACAGACAACACCGGAAAGUCAUUGUUAGAUAUGGCAGUAGUUUGGGCUGAUGUCGAGUUGAUCCAAUACAUGGGAGCCUUACGCAUGUGGUCAUAUAAUGACUUUAGACAGUCAUUGAGAUACCUGGAGUACAGGACCCCGGCGUCUUCUUGGGCUACUACUCGCCACCGAGGAGAUCUAGGAGAGAUGGCCCUGAUCCAACUCGUGGAACCGGGUCGUGACAUUUCACCCAAUGAUGAAUAUCAGGACUCCGAAAUUCGAAACAGAUCAGCUUUGGAAUCUGUGUCUCCCGCCGUAGACACUUCGGCUCUCGACGAGGAACGGUACAGUGAGUCACAGCAUGAAGAGACUCUCUCGAAAAGAACGUCACCGAGAAGAACGCAUUCAAUGCAUUUAAAUGACUCAAAAGCUCCAACGGUCUACGAGGAAGAUGCCAAAGAGCUUCAAGACGACCAGAAUUUCCAUGACGCCAAAGAGUUCCAGGACACUUACUCCGACAUUGAGUCCGAGGAGUUGACCAUACCCAACUCGCGUACGCAUAUCACCGCGGCUUCUUCUAUCACUCAAUCGAAUAAUCCUGCAAGCCUUCAAUCGCAGCUCCAAGAUUUCAUGUCGCUCCUAGAGCUGCCCUCCGGAAUUCGAAGUAUCCUAGACUCUGCGCCGGAAAACAGCUUCAUAAGCCUGUCAAGCUUUCAGCGGUUCGCCAACAUGGUCUUUGUACAAUUCGGAAUGGAGUUUUCCGGAGAACAUAAAGAUCAAUCUGAAGCAGCAGCGUUCCUACUGAGAUAUUCAUAUGUCAUAAGCUCAACCGUCGUUUUGAGCACGAUUCAAGGAGCAAAUGUCAAAUCCCCGAUGAAGAGAGCGUUCCUGAUGAACGGUAACACGCCAGGCCUAAAGCUUCCCGACAGUGACACGCUAUCGGGCGAUUGGCUUUUCGAAUUCACUGUCACGAACGAUCCUCAGCUCCGAGAAUGGAAGAGUCAACUGGCUGCUGUCAACAACGGCGACACUCUCACCCCCGGCCUAGACACAGACCUAGAUGGCUUUGUAGAUUUUGGGACGCCGGAGCUACGAAGUUUGAUUCUCUCGAGCCAAGCUUUUCAUCGUCUUCGGAAUCGAUUCCAAAAGUUUGUUCACCCCGAAUUCUUCGAGUCUGCCCAGUAUUUCUUGGCACAUUUCAAUUCGGCCGACUCGGAUCUACAGCGCCGCCUCACCUCGUUCGUAGCGGAACUCUCUGAGUCAAAGCCUCCUAAGUUAGAAGUCGACUUAAGACCUCAAACCUCAAGAUUUGAUGCCGUGAAACUGGCAACGGAAGAAUUGACCAACAUGUCGUGGUCCUGGUGGCCGUUUUCAAAACCACAAAGGCCUCUUAGAUCGGGGCAAGUGCGGAUGUCCUGGACUUGUGAUUGCGGAAGAAGUCGUUCGGAGAAUGUGCCGCGAGAAUUCGGCACUUUCCUCGCCACCCUCAUCAAGCAACAAGCUAAUUCGAGUGGACAAUCGGGAGACCCCGGGCAAACGCCGUCAAGUGCGAGGAACCAAAUUUCAGCCAACAAGUCGCCAGCCUCCUCGCAGAGUAUAGGGGGAGGAAAGGGCCUGAAAACGCGGCGGAACGAUGCCUUCACGGACGACGACAAUGUGCACAGGUCUGACGGAAAGGCUUCUGAACCAGAUGGCCCCCGUGAGAAGUGGAUAUUCCUCAUGGCCAAGUCCACGCAGUUGAAUCUCCACCAGAUCGACGCGAAACUUCAUAGCGGCGAAACCUUUGCUGACGCAUUGAGGCAGGGCUACUGCCGUCUGAGAGGACGGUGGAAAUCCCUAUUCGGCAUCGACAUAUUCUCGCACUGUGACUUUGUCAAAUUCGAGAAGUACAUAGCAGAGCACUAUUCUAACCGAGGAAUUGGAGUGCCUGGAUCCGACAUUAGGGAGUAUGACUUCCAGCCGAAACCGGGAGACACCUUGUUCGCAGACCCCCCCAUAAGCCCCGAACACUUCAAGCAUAUCUUCUACGACUGCACGGGAUAUUACAAUCGUGAUGGUUCGAAAAUAUCGCAAGCAGUAUUGACUCAGGAUGACUCGUCAAAUAUUUUCAAGAAAUCUAUUUCCAAAGUCCGAUUCUUAUUCGCACGCCGUGGUCGUUUCCCGUCUAAAACAGUGGCGAAGAUACCGCAAAGGCUUUCCUACUUUGAUGAGAAAGGCGACAAUGAGGAAGUAUUCUGGGGUCUCCUCGCGAGGGAAGAGAGGUCUGCCUUAAGAGUUUGUAUGUGGGCUUUGAUCAUCUUUUCUCCUUCCAUUGCCUUCUCCUUUAUCUACCUGUUUGGGAAAAUGGACGUGGAUCUCCAGAAUGCCACAACAUUGUUUGCAAUUACACUUACAAUUUUUGGGACUUUCAUAUCUUUCCUUCUCAAAGAUGGCGGGAGUGGAAAGAACAGAGGAUGAUGGAUAGAUAGCAUUUAGAGGAGUCAAUGACAGGGGGCAAAUAGCUGAUAGCUUAUGCUAUAAAAAUAUUUGUUACUUGCAAUCUAUUAUGAGUUAGGUUUAGAAAGAUGAUAGUUUAGUAGGUAAAUGAGGGUUACAGUGACCGUCCCUAGUACCAACUAAAGCACGUCAUAGCCUUAGGAACAGCGAAAAGAUCGUGAUGGGAUGAGUAUCUCGGCCUCUUGUCCAUUUUAAGCCGUCAGGUUUGUGAUAAAAGGUAUGCUCGAGUUCCACAAUGAACGUUAGGGACGUACAUUGAUGUGUCUCGAGACCCUAGUGAGGCGAC